CACGUGACCCACAGCGGCAGGCAGAACCCAGCGUGCGUGCGCGUUCGUGCGUGUCGCGGACAGUUCGGCGGCCGCGGUCGAACCGAGCAGCAGAGCCGUGUCUCCCUGUCGCCUGGAACCCCGAUCCAGACGGGAAAGAAGAGCAUAGCUAGGAUGGAGCUCUCGGCGAUGGGCGACCGCGUCUUCGCCGCGGAAGCCAUACUGAAGCGCCGCGUCCGAAAGGGGAGACUUGAAUACCUGGUGAAAUGGAAGGGAUGGGCAAUGAAGGACAGCACCUGGGAGCCAGAGGAGAAUAUUCUGGAUGACAGGCUGAUACUAGGCUUUGAACAAAAGGAACGCAGCGGGCCAAAAAAGCGGGGGCCGAAACCCAAGAACCCCGUGAUAAAGGCUCAAAAAGGAGAAACAAGCAAUCGAUGCACAAAAUCCCGCCAGGCGACAGCGAGCUCCGCUUCCAGCCGAGCGACUCCUUCCUCCUCGUCCUCCUCCUCGCCUCACCCUUUACCCCCCGCAUCCCCAAAGCUCAGCUCCCUGGCCGCAACCCACAAGCUGAAGAAAGACAUUCACCGCUGCCAUCGCAUGUCCCGCCGCCCCCUGCCCCGCUCCGACCCCAUGGCGUCUUCCUUCUCCGGGCCCGGCAGCUUCCCGUCCCGCCCUCACGCUUCGCCUUUCUCUGAGACUGUGCGCAUCCUCAACCGCCGCGUGAAGCCCCGCGAGGUCAAGCGUGGCCGCAUCAUCCUCAACCUGAAGGUAAUAGACAAGCCGGGUCGGGGCGGUUCGACAGGUGGGGGCUCUCGGAGUCUCCCGGGUGGGCGCCAGAACAUCCCCUCCCGCAAUCGCAUCAUCGGGAAGAAGGGAGAAGCUCCGUACAGACCUUUCCAACCCCCGCUGAAGAUGCUCGGCUUCCCCAUGUACGGGAAGCCAUUCGGGUUGCAGUGCGGGGGCCCCCUGUCCUUUCACACUCAACCGGGGUCCUGCAACGCCAGGAACACCCGCCCGGCCCCGUCCCACUUCCAGGCUUGCUCACCUCCUUCCCCCUCCAGUGGGAACCCUAAACCCUCCCAGUCUGUUCCACCUUCCAGUGAGCCGCCACACUCCAGCAAAAGUCCCGCAGAAUCUCCAAAUAUCCCCCCAUCCGCUCCUGCCAACCCCGCCGCGUCGCCCAUCCUGCCGACCGGCGAGGACGCUGGCGACGCCCCGGGCGCCUCCCUGCCCCAAGGUGGCGGCGGCCCGCCAGAACAAGCCAGGGUGCCCGCCGAGGGUGACCCCGACUGGCACCCGCAAAUGGGACCCAGCUGCAAAGACGUGGUGGUCACCGACGUCACCACCAAUCUGGUCACCGUCACCAUCAAGGAGUUCCCCUCCCCCGCUUCGUGCCCCGCCUCGCCAGUCUCCGCUGAGGGCGCCUUGUCCCCACCGCCGUGCGCCACCCCUGAUACCCCAGAGACCACCCCGCCCAAGCCUCCUGCUGCGACUGACGCAGAGACACACGGCUUGGCUCCUCCUCUUCCUCCUCCUGCCCGGUGUGGUUUCCAUGGCAAUGCACAGAGGAGAGAGCAGCUUAGCAACAACACAGCGAGCAUCCAGACUGCUCGUACGAUGAAGUUCAUGGUGGUUCUGGUGGGGGCCGGCACGCUGGCCUUCCUCGGCGCGGUCAUCUGCAUCUUCGCCAGCGUUUAUCCCCGUAAACGCGCCGCGAAUCUGGGCGACAACAGCACCCUGACGUCAGAGACGCUCCUCCAGCCUCUGGAGCGGCCCGCCGCGGUGGCUCACGCCGGUCCGCUCGGUGCGCUGCACGGCGCCGACUCCUACAGCGGAGGGAACGGACUCGGCGGUUUGGGGCUCCCCACGCUGAACGAGCUCGACCUCGGGGAGGAGACCGGCCGAGGCUCGUCCAAGGUGUUCGGCUACAGCCGACUCAUCUGCACGCCGGUUCCGCUCGGAGACUGUAAGGGGAAAGACGCGGGGCAGCAGCCGCAGGCGGACGACCCUCUCGCACAUGAGGAGUGGACGUUCCUCCGUACCACUGCGGAGGAGCUCCGACAGAUGGUCAUGCAGCAGAACGACCAGAUCCUCAUGGACCAGAGGACCAUUCGGGAGCUGACGGGCAAGCUGAGCGAGUGCGAGACCGGCAUGGAGGAGGAGGACGGCGAGAGGCCCGGACCCGAGCGGAGCAUCGGUGUCUGGAGCGGCAACCGGCGGAUCAUGGCCGGGGACGACGUGAGCUCCUCAGCGGCAUCGCAGCUGCAGACGGCCCGGGCCGUGGAGGAGCUGGCCCGGGCCAUUAUGGACCUGAAGGAUCGAAUAGAGAAGCUGGAGGCAGAGAUCGGCCCAGCUGCCUUGAACCUCACUGACACAUCUACAGGAGCAAGCAGCAGCAGCAGCCCGGUGUCCACCAAACCACCCACCCCGCCCACCGGCAACGUCAACCCCGCGCCCCUGGGUCCGGUGGCGGGAGGCCCCGGGGCCCGUCGUCCCGGCUCCCCCGUCUCCAAGCCCUCGCCCAAGGGCCCCCCCGGUCGUGGGAAGGCUCCCUGGAGGGUGGAGGACCUGGAGGGCGAGCUGGAGAGGAAAAUAAAGAUGCUGGAGAAGGAGCGGCAGGCCACGAGGAAGGAGACACAGGGCCAGUACGAGAAGCUCAACCAGGGUUUGGACACCGCCAACCACCGCGUCAGCGAACUGGAGCACAUCCUAACAGAGCCGUCCUUCCCCGACGGCUUCGUCCUGUCCUUCCCCAUGCGUACCAACUACAUGUAUGGCCUGGUCCGGAAGGAGAUAACCGAGAUGUAUGCCUUCACCGCCUGUGCGUGGCUGAAGGCUAAGGAAGGCGGGAUCGGCACGCCCUUCUCCUACUCUGUGCCCGGACAGCCUAAUGAGCUGGUGUUGCUGCAGGGUGUCCACAACCCUGUGGAGCUGCUCAUCAAUGAUAAGGUGGCACAGUUGCCGCUGUCUCUCCCUCUGGAUGAAUGGCAGCACAUCUGCGUCAGCUGGACCUUGAGGGACGGCGUGUGGAAGGCCUACCAGGGCGGCAAGAUGAAGGGGCGGGGGGAAGGACUGGCUGCCUGGCACCCCAUAAAACCUGGUGGGGUGCUCAUCCUAGGCCAGGAGCAGGAUACCCUUGGCGGACGUUUCGACGCCUCCCAGGCACUGGUUGGUGAACUCUCCCAGUUCAACUUGUGGGACCGGGUAUUGAAGCCCAUUGAAGUUGCCGCCCUGGCAGAAUGCAGCUCCUCAGUACUCGGCAACAUCGCCCCCUGGACCGAUCUGGACGUGGACGUCUAUGGUGGAGCCACCAAAGAGUCUUUAGACCCAUGCCACGCUGCUGAAAGAUCCAACCCUUUCAGCCCCAAACAAUGAGGGGCGGGAUAGUGCGAGAGCUCACGUGUACUGUCUAUGUAGUCGAGGGGUCAAAUUAAUUACUUUGUAAGGUACAGCAAUUACUUUGGAAGGUACAGCGUUUGUUUGGAGCUAGGGAGCUAAUGGGACAGAGCUAAUCGGACAGUUGGAGCUCGUCUGUUUUUCAUGUCGGUGUGUUAGGUGUUUAGUUCUAAAGUGAGAGUGAGGUUAGUGUCACGAUUACCUGAGUGGGGAAAUCAAAUCACAAUCGUGUAGAUGGAUUAUCAGUGCUAGUCUGGGUCAAUCAUCUCUGUGAAGUGAACAACCAUACCCGGGGUUAGGGUUUUGAUGCAGGUGUAGUCACUGAUGAUGAAAAACCUUUGUGUCACCUCAUGUCGUUGCUCGUGUUUAAUGCUGAAACUGAGACGUGUGUUAACAUUUUCAAUGAGAAACACAAUGACUUCAUGUUCAAUUGUAUACGGUUCUGCAUACUUGUAGAUUUGAUCAGGUAUCGUUCCUCUUAACCUUCACUACAACAGUGAUCUUAUACCGUAAGCGUGUAAUUAUUGUGUGUAAAUGUAGCCUUGCUAUUGUUGCUCGCCCCCAACGCCCCACUGUAGCUUGACACAAUCUGCAGAGAGUCAUAACUAGGAAAAGCAGCGCUCUCGACCAAUCCUGAAGUAAACACUUGAUGUCAAACUGUGAGCUCCAGAACAUGAAAUUGUACCUUGGCUAAACCACAUAGAAUGUAUUUGUAUUUGCAUGUAAUUUUGAGCAAACACUGCGUCAACAGCAGUUCAGUGCCAGUCCCUUUUGUGCCUCUCACAGUCGUCUUGUUUGGGUAAUUUGUCUUUUACAAAAUAGCGAUCAAAGAAAAAUAUCAAAAGACGGAAAGUAAUUCAAUGAAAAUUAUUUUGUACUUCACACUCUAUGACUCCAGUGGGACCUUCAUACCUAGAUGCACUUUUAAUCGAUUUUCCACAAGUAAUAAUGGCUUUAAAUUUCUAUGAUUCAGUUGCAUGGUGCAUUUCUGUUAUAUUACUAUCCAGUAAUAAACUGUCAAAAACAGCUAACGAAUAGAUUCCCUUCUUUUGGAUGGAUUAUAGCUGGUGUAAUUCAUUUAAGAUUUUGUUCAAUAAACAUCAAGCGGUCAUUAUUGAUUCCAACGAUACCAUUUUAUUGCUCUAAUGGAUAUUUUUGACAGUUGCCUUUAGGUCAAUGGCAAAAGGCAAAGGGGUGACACAAGGAACUCAACUGUUUUAUUAUGGGGGAGAUUGAAUUCCAACUAUACAAGAAAAAAAUUAACACUGUGCAGUUAAUUGUACUUUUCCUCAAACUCUUUCUUGCCUCAGUGCAUGAGUAUGAAAGAGAAUUAAGGCCACAAUGAAAAGACAAAAAAAAGUUCUCAUUCUAUUCAAUAAAUGUCAGAAUUUUACAUGACACAAAUUACCAAAUAAAAUCAUGUUACAAGAAAAAAAGGUGUAAUUUUAUUUGAAUGAAGUUGUAAUAUUACAAGUUAAAAAACCUUCAAAAAAAUUAAGUCUACAUUACCAGAAGUAACUAAUUUUACGAGUAUGAAUUCAAAUAUCAUGUGGAUAAAGUUGAACUAUUACUUGAAUACCUUUACGUGAAGUGUGGGAAUACUAAAGGCAUAAGUUGACAUUUUAUAAGAUUUAAGUUUUAAUAUCGACCAAAUAAAGUCAUAUUAUGAGGAAAAAAUUAUUUUACAACAAAAAAGUAAAAUAUGAGAAUAAAGUUGUACAUGUAUGUGAAUAGUCAUAAUAAUAUAAGAACUUUUUUUUUUUUUACUAAAUACAAUCAUAAUAUUAUGCAAAAACAUCUCAACAUACUACUAGAAAAAAACGUCUAAUUUUAAAAGGAUAUAAAGUCAUAUUACCAGAAAUUAUUUUUUAUUUUAGAGAAUUAAGAAGAAGAAGAAUUAAGAUAUACUAUUGUGAGAGUAAUAUUAAAAAAUAAUUAGCAAACAAUUUUAACAGAUAAAGGUGUGAGACGACCAGUAAAAAUGUGUAAUUUUACAAGAAUUCAACUAUCAUGAGAAUUAAGUUGUAUUGUUACGUGAAUAAAGUCAUAAUUUGUACUCUUACAAUAAUAAUGUGGAAUUUUACAAUAAUAAAUUGCACUGUCACAUAAAAAGAAGUCGCUGUAACAAAAGAAAAAAAAAUACAAUAAUAAGGUAGCAUUAGGAGCAUAAACGUAUAAGCGCAGUUUAAUGCUUUGUCAUCAUAUUACGACAUUCACUCUGGUAUAAUUCAAAUCUAAUCCGAAUUUUGUUCUUGUAAUAUUCUGACUUCACAACUCGAUUUUCCCAUAGUAUGACAAUUGUUUUUUUUUUCUCUUUUCAGUGUGACCCUCACACCCCUCAUAACAUGACCCCAUAUUUAUGUUCUUUUAAAAGUGCCUGUUUGGGCCUGAAACGCCCAAAAUGGUAGUCAAAUAUAUAUUUUCCUCUUGUGUCUUCUCUCUUGCUUUACGUCAUUGAAGUCCGUGACGGUGUUUGCCCUCCUUGGCACCUCAUGCAUUUUGAUAUUGUGAACAAGGUGGAUGAAACUUAAUA